AUGUCUUUAUGCGAUCCAGAAAGGGGAAAAAAAAAAUCACGUAACGGCAACGAUAGCGAUCAAACGUCAAAUACACACGACGACCCCGUUCGGUAAACAAGUUCAUUACGUGUCAACACUGUCGCGAACGAACUCUUUAUAGCAUAAAGGGGGCGCGUUUUAUAUAUUUACGUGGCAGGCGGAAUUUUGUAAAACCGUAGCGUAUAUGGGUCGAAAUUAUAGAGUGAGAAACAAAGAACACACAGGAAUUUAAAGAGGAGAAUAUUUUUGUCGGGAGCAGUACAUUACUAUUUUUUUUUUUUUUAAUUGUUAGAGCUAUUAAAAAAAACAAUAAAACCUAACACGGCCAAAUUAUUUUAAUCUUGGAUUUUAAAUAUGCAAAUGCAUACCUCGCGUGCGGUCCAAUUGACGCCACUGUGUUUGACCAAAUAGAAAAACUUGGAAACACAACGGACGUUCAUUAUAAAUCGUAAUUAGUGUUCAAACAAAAAAAAUCGAGAGACAUUGUAGUAUUUAAUUUUUAUAAGAGUUUUAAUAUUAAAUUUUGACUAAGAUCGUAAAUAUUACGGCCUUUCGAAUCGUUUACCCAUAAUCGAACUUCGUUCCUAAUCGUUUCUCGUCAACAAUGGUUUGUCAUCGUUUACAGAUAUUACAGCUCUUUUUUAUUUAUUUUUUUAUUCUUUUACGUUUCUAGAAUUCAAUUAAUAUUCCAUGUAGAAUUUAAAAAAAUUAAACAAAAACUAUGUGUUUAUUGUAUUUAGCAGUUAUCGGCCUCCAGGAAAUUUCGGUUCAGGCAUUUUUGAUGUGGUAAACUUUGCGAGUAAAUUCUGCGCACGCCUUUGUUUAUUAAUUAAAACGUUAUAUUAUUUAUACAGGUCAAUCGAUUUGAUGUCGUCCGGUACGAAGGACCAUAUAUUAAAAUAGUAUAUUGUGGUUUUCCGAUCCGAUACCGUUUAAACCGAAAAUAUACGAAACGGUCUGCUGCGAAAAUGACCGAAACAACGUACUCUAGUGAACCGCAGAGGGUAAUUAUACUUUUAUUUUACUCGUCCGUCGUAUUGUUUUAAAUUCUGAGUGGAGCGUAGGAGCUUGUUAUGGUUUUACGAUGAUGUUUAUUUUUUUUUUUUACCCGCGAACAACUUUUCCAUCGCCAAUUUUACUCCGAUUGAAUGAUGAUAGCAAAUUUUCUGAAAGUACUGCGGAGGUAUUUAUGGGAGGUCGUUUUUUGAUUUUCCCAGUAGUUUUCCGGAUAAACGAGAAAAACAUUAGAAUAGGUAUAACAUUAAACACAUAUUAUUAGAGAAAAUGUUUAAUGCGUAUGUAAUUAUUUUACCAUAGUAUAUAUACUGUAUACAAAGCAACACUAUCAACCGAAUUCCGCUCAGAAUAGGUUUUUCGUUAGCAAUAGUUAAUCGUCGCUUACGGAUAUCCAUUAAAUUCCCGUCAGAAUCCUACUUUCUCAACUUUCCACCGACAACAGCGGCUGCGCCCGUCCCCAUUAUCCUAGGACAGCUUUUCGAUAGUAAUUAUUCAAACGGCUGGAUACAGUAUCGUUACUAUAAUAACGCGCGUUCGUGUAUUUCGAUAAAUUGCGCCCGCAGUUUGUCGGUGUUAAACGCAUAUUAUAUUAUUAUAAUUUCAGAGCAUUUGGCGUAUCGAAUUGUUCCCGCGGUUAACUUGGAAAAAAAAAAAAAAAGAAAAGAAAAAAAAAGUCGAAUCGAGGAAGUGGAAAAUUCGUAAUAUGUAUAUUUUAUAUACUCGGAUCCAAAGUAAUCCGCAGUACCGCAAACCGCGUAAACUCUAUAUUAUAUUAUAAGUCAGUCUCGCCCUCACAACAUAACGGCGUUACCGCACGGUAUAAAUAUUAUUAAGGUGACGUGUGUGAGUGUCACGCCGAGUUUAGCGCUUUUAAGAAAACAAUUCCCCGUUGUUUAUCAACUUAAAUAAAAACUUCGCGGGAUUCGGUCACGCGGGCGCUAACCUUAUAAUAAUAAUAAUAAUAAUGCCCGUUUUUCCCGCAGCCGUCACAGCAUCAUUCCAUUCGCACCACUCUUAUAAAUUAGAAGUAUCGCGUGUCAUAUACAUAAGUUUGGUGGUGUUUUAAAUCUGUUAAUGCCUUAUACUUUACGGAACGUCAGGUUUCGAUCCGGGUAUUCGUUCAUUUUUCAGAGUGACUGUAUUGCCCGGGGCGAAAAAAAAAAAAAAAAAAAAAAAACGUAUUGAAAGUGACGCAGGAAAUAUUUUUCACGUGAGAAAGCGAAAAUAUAUUACACGAGUAAAGUGCACGGCGAUGAUUGCGCGCGAUUUUUUCUAAAAUAUAUAUGAUCGAAAAUGGUAAGCCCCUGCAACAAUGCGGGGGUUUUUUUUUUUUUUUAGAACGUCGAUACACGACAUUAAUUAUUUACGUUAUACUAUAGUAUUCAUUUAAGUACAACAUAGUUAUAGAACACAUCCGUUUACACACAACAUAAUUGUAAAACACGGAAGACAUUCCGGCGAAAAAAUUAGUAAAAACUUUCGUAAUCAAUUGGCGUAAGAGUGAAAUUAUACUUUCGCACCCCUAGGACAAUGUCCGUGAGUCCAAUGUACCCGUUCUCCGACACCACCGGACAGACACUGUUGUUUACGGGGACGUCGACACAUGUGUCGAGGUUAUUGUUGCGCCGGAGCCGUUAAACGGCUGUACGGCCGAUGGAAACAGAAGUGACAAACGGCGAAGGAAAAAAAAAAAAAAUCUGAGGAUACAUCGCCCGGGUGCGGGCAACCGUUGUCGCGCGGUGGUCGGGGAAACCGUGGACCCGGGUAACGUAACGUUCACAGAGCUUACUGGUGUUUCUCGUUGGUCGCCAAAACGAAACGAAAUGUCGAAAACAGUCGAAUCUCCGCGGGACACUCCGUACGCGAGCCGCCGCGGGGACGGCGUUUACGGACGAGUAUAA